AUGCCGCACUCGCUCUGUCUUUCCCUCCGCUGCGCACUGGGUGGGCAGGAGGACGCGGUGCUGCUGCGCCACGCGCUGCAGUGCGGCACGAAGCAGUGGGGCAAGCUGGAGAGGAGCGGUCAGCUCAAGAGGAGCAACAAGUCGUGCUGUAAUCGUUACAUCUUUCUCCGAAGGUAUCCCCGCAUGCCUCCGAAUGUAACCGUCUUGGUACGCCUGAGCAUUUCUAACACCUCUCCUCUCCCGUGGCCGUGUGGUGAUGGCAGAAAGUUCACAGAACGCUUACGCCAGAACCUCCUUCUAAAGCACCUGGGAGUUGCUGCAUUCCCCCAGGCCCAUGUUUCAUUGGACGGCCACAGUCAGCCAUUGCUCUGUCAGGAUUUGAAGCAGCAGCAGCAGCAGCAGUCGGAGCAUUCGGAGGGCGUGGGAGCAGCAGCCCUGACGUUCGGAGGGCUGUCGUACGAGGAGUGCGCGACGGCGUUCCUCGCCCCCCAUGCUCGCUGCUGCCUCCCUCCCGCCCCGCCCAACCUCUCAUCCCUCGUCGGCCCUCCUCCUGCUUCCCAGACUUCUUUUCCUGCUUCCGAAACUGCUGCGUUCUCCGCUGCUGCUGCUUCUACCACCAUCAGGUUUCCAAUCUCCCAUGAAGCCUUCCCCGUUGCUGCUGCCUCCAACGCCGCUGCUCUGCGUCGUGCGUUGAAGCGACCAAGAGACGACUGUGAGUGGAGGGGGGCCGACCAACGUCUGCCGGGUGGACGUGACAGCCGGUUGGUGCAAAGCGGGUUGGUGAGGAACGGGAAGCGGGUAGAGUGGCCGCACGUUGGGUCGGAGAGUGCCCUUCCAGACGACGUGCUGCUGGGGUGCAGCAGCGACGAAUCUGCCUUCAUCCAGCGCUCUGCUCUUUCGGCUCCUCCACCCACCCUGCCUCUCGCAGCGCUGCCAGUGCCAAUGCCGCCUCAGCUCGCUGCUCUGUCUGGCUCUGCUCCCUGCAUUGGGGAUUUCGCAGUGCACGGGGAGGAAUGGCUCCGCGUUGGGUCGGAGAGUGCCCUUCCAGACGACGUGCUGCUGGGACUCUGCUGUGAGGACCCUUCCUCCGCGCAACCUGCUGCUCUCUCUGCUCCUGUGUCUGCUCCUGCGCCCGCCCAGCCACUCGCAGCACAGAUGCCCUCGCCGCUCGCUGGUCUGCCUGGCCCCGCUCGUGGCAGCUCGAGCAAAUGCGUUACUGCGAUGCUUGCCGGGAGUACGUGUGGCACACAGGAGCUGGAAUACCUGGAUGCAUGCAUUGACAUGCUCAGCAACAUAACCAACACUGACAACAUUGACAUGCACAGUGGCACGCACAGUGGCAAGGACAACGAUGCUCUCUUUCUCGACACGCCCGUGGCUCACGUGCUGCUGGGUGGGAGUCCCCUCGCCGCGCCCUUGGCAAGUGGACCUCACGCUGGGGGGCCUGCCGUCCCACGUGCUGCUGGGACAGCCCUGCCAGAGUGGGUGGAGGAGCAGGGAGGGACCGGGGAAGGAGGUGGUGAGGGGCACAGGCAGCAGCAGUAUCUCGCCCAGGAGAGCUUGCUUGCGCAGUGGGAGCCUUGUCAGUACCUCGAGCUUGACCGCAUGCUCUCCCUGCCACCGCACCAGCCACAGCUUCAUUCACAGCCACCGCCACAGCUACUCCCCAAGCCACUCUUACGGUUACCAACACGAGUGCAUUGGCUCCAAGCCCAGCCAUGCUGCAGCAGCACUUCCCCAUUGGUGCUCCACCGGCUCACUGCAGCCCCAUGCUCCCUCCGUUACCUGACAUGA